GACUCGUGGUAACUGAUGGCAUAUUGUCUUUUUUUUGUUUUGCCUUUUUUCACCAGGCGAGAAAAGCAGAGUUUGGAGCGUUAUUUGAAGGAAGUACCAACUGUCGAGGAACAUCAGAAGUUAAAUAAAACUCUUAAAGAGGUCCGUGAUGAAUGUGAAAAGCUCAGAGACACAAUUUCCUCAAAAGACAAGAAGUUAGCACGCAUGAACAAAGCUUUUGGAAAUAAGGAUGACGAGGCAAAGAAAUUAAUCGCGGAAAAUAGUACUUUGAAAGAAAACGUGCAAAGACUGCAGGUUUCCCUCGAUAAAAUAACAAAUGAUGGUCCAGUAUCGCUAAUUAGCUUUGAAGACCUCAAGAUGGAAAAUGAACGGUUACAAGGAGAGCUUGACCGUACAAAGAAGGCGUUAGAGGCCAAGCACAAGAAAAUGAAAGCGCUUCACUACCAAACACAGAAAGAACAGAAGAACUUGGAGGAGCGGUUAGCACAGGAAGAGGAAAUGGUGAACGCUUUACGAGAAGAACUCGUUACGAAAGGCAACUCACUUGAUGAAGUCAAGAAAGCAGUCAAGGAUAUCGCUUCCCACAACCAGGAUCUACUGGAAGAGAACUUAAAUCUUCAAUGCCGCUGCGAGCAGCUACAAAAGCUCAGCUCAAAGGAGAAGUUAGAAUCUCAGAGAAAACUUUGGAAGGAGUUGUCCGAAUGCACGGCGGAACUUAAGUCAGUUGUACAAGUUUGUCGAGAAAGAAAACAAGGGAAAGAUCCUGACAUGUCCAUUCUACUUGGUCUCAGAUCAACCACUACCGACGAAGAAGAAGCCGACAGUAAAGAUUCAUCGGAUGAUGUAGACGUUAUAAAAUCCAAGAUAAAUGGAGUCCAGCAGCUGCGGUUAGACGUGGAAGAUCUAAGAAAGUUCAUCUGCGAUCAAUAUGCUGAGGACAUUGGCAACAACUGCAGAAUGCAAUGAUGACAGGGGGUUAUAACUCGUCCCAAAGCACAGUUUCUUUAGCAACCCAAGAACAAGACUUCACACAAAUGCUCGGAAACACACGCUAUAGCACUCCUUGUAUUUUCAGUGUCUGUAUGGAAUGGAUAGCGAUCUCUGGCCAAUUCCAGUUUGUAAGUAUGAUUAACGGACUUCCGCUCAGAUCUGGUUGGCUGACUGUCGGACAUGUAUCGACUUUACGCAUGGUCAAAAAAACCGGCAAGAGAUGGUUAUCCUUUGGUCUCGGGGGACAAGAAUGUGGAUGCCCAUUUUUGUGCUUAGCUCCGCUUCGAUAACCUGGACCUAGAACAAACAUUAGUACUAAUUUCUCGUCAAAAAGUCAACACGGUCAACUCGAACCCUUCAGCAGGAGCAAAUCAAGGGAAAGAUCAGGACAUACACCAGUUUGUGCCCAGUGCUAACUGUUCGCCUUAGCAGAUGUUAGAGAGGUGUCCGCUUUGAGGAGAUAGCAUAACCCAAUACUGGGAAUUUGUAACUGAUUUAUUUUGUUUCUUGAGCAGCUAAGAAACUCGGAAAAUUUUCUACUAACAUUUUUCAUAGUGCUCGGACGGUUGAGAGAAUAGGAUUCUUUUGGAGAUUUUCGUAUCAGCUCCUUACUUUCUAUACCCUGGGUGCCAGAGACGUUUGUUUUUUCCAAGACCACGAGAACGCCGCAAUAGCGAAGAAUCGCCGCCAAAGCGGCGUUCUCUUGGACCUUGGAAAUGAUUUUCCUGGCACUCAGGGUAUGAUUUCUAGUGGCUCUUGAGAAAUAGAUUACUGAUAGGUGAGGAAAAUAUCAAAAAAAUUCAUUAAAUUUUCCGACAACGUGG